CUUGUACAAACUCAUUCCUACCUAAUAUAAUUCAUAAAUUACAACUAGAUGUCCAACAUAAACAUUGAUUAGAAAUGAAAGAUAUACUCUUUCUGUGACCUCCACCCAUUAUGCACUUUGCAUUAGAUUACACAGAGUUUCAGAUUGCAGCACCACUGAUUGGUUGAUAACCGAAAAUAGAUAAAAAAAAAACGAACUGGAAAUAUUGCCAUCCUGCAAGGGAAAUGGAACCAGGCCAGCCCGCAACCACUAAUUGAAACUCAACAAAAAAGAAACCAAACAAAAUUGAAACUACAUAACAUGAUGCAUUUGUAAAGUAGGGAUAAGAACGAGAUGGAAACCAGAGUCUUGAGAGUGAUAGCCAAGGUGACAGCUCGAAUGAAAACCAGAUAAAUCGACGAUGAGUCGAGAGGUAUACCUAGCAUGUCAAAACGAGUACCACUCAAGCAGUUAGAAACCACUAAAUAGUAUAGAAAAAGCAACAGGACUGGAGGAGGAUGCCAUCGGUGAGGCGGUGGCGUUAGUACAGAUCGGAAGUCGUCGGCAAGCUAUUGGGGUGGGAGUGCUAAAGGAGGCGGUCAAGGCAAAGCUGGGCCUGGCCAUGGAUUUGUGAUACCCUAGCACUACUAUAAAUGUACUGGUGAGAAAACGCUCGCCUUAUAUUUGCAAUUUUGAGAGAAUAAAGUUUAGGUUUUGCAUACCUCCAUCUAUGACAACAUCAGCUCCGGCAGGCAGCAGUAGCUCUACUUCGGCAGCCAACAGCAAUAAAUAUCAAUUGUAGCAGCUCUGCCUUGCAGGCAACUACAGCAGCAGCUUCGACAGCAGUAGAUCCCGACAGUGGAAGCUCCACUCCGGCACCAACACCGCUCCGGAAAAAUGCCCUUUCUUCACCCCUUUAUGUUAAAUUACUUUAUAUCUUUAGUUGCAUGCGAUUAAAACAAAGAGAUCAAUGACUGCUUGUUGAGCUCAAAUAGAGGAAGGGGAGUCACUAAAGAGUGGCAGUAAAGAGAUCCGAGUACAAACAUACCUCAGCUAUAGGCCAUGAGAAAGCUUCUGGGCAAUUGAGAUUGAGUUUUGCAGGGGAAUGGGCGUCCAUAAAAGAAUCACCAAAAUUGAUAUUGCCAGGGGAACAAUUACGCUGAGAUGGAGGAGGGUAUGGGAGAUGAAGAGAUUGUAACGACUAUGAAGUAGUUUUCCGACAUCGAUUUAGGUUAAUUAGAAACAGACAAAGAAGUUUGGGGUUGGGGAGACUUUUCCUCGUUUAAUGAAAUUGCGGGAGAGGCAACAAUUUUAGGAUUGGAGCCCAAAAUUUCAGGAGGCAAAAUUCAGUAUCAUGAAGGUGGGAAGAAUAAGCGGGGGAGCGAAAUUGCUUUGCGAGAAUUCUUUUGGUCUGAAAAUUUUAAGGAGCCAAUGUAAUUUUGUAAUCUUUUUGGACCCUAAUUCUGUAGUUGUGUGUUUGGAAAAAACAAUUUUUUAUUAAAAUUCCAUUUUUAGAACAAUGAAGGAGUUGUAUUGUUUUGUGAUCCAAAGUCAUAUUUUCCAAAAACACAUACUUCCUGAUUUCCACCUAUAAAUUUGUAUAUAUAUUGUCACAUUGUUCACGGUAAUUAACCGUGACUAACAAUUAAUCAUAGGAAAUGAAGAUUAAAAUAUGGAUAAAUUUAUUACCGUAAUUAGAACUAGAUAAUCAAUUAAAGAAAUUUUUAUCGUGAUUGUUAGUCUACUUUCUAAUACACGAAAAAAUCCGUGAAUAAGAUCUCGUGACUAGUUUUCCUGUAAUGGUAUAUGGUUAAGGUAUAAGAUAUUGAUGGUUUUGACGGUUCUAAGUUUUUUAUUAACAUAUGUUCACUUGAAGUCAUUUGAAGUCUUUAACGGCAGGAGAUCACUUUUUAAUUUAUGUUUAUGAUACUUGAUUAGGGUACAAGGUAUGUGGUGUAGAGUAUAGGAUAUAUGGUUUGGGUAUAGCAAUUAGCAAAUAUCACAUUUUAUCUAUGUUUAGAAAAUCAAAGUAUGAAUUUCACUUUUAAAUUAACUAUACUAGCAAAAUCACAACUCAUAAGGACAUAUGGUUAGGGUAUAGGGUAUGUGGUUAGUGUAUAAUAUAUUGAUGGUUUAGGGUAUACAAUCAACAACAUAUACUAACUUAAUAUUGUCGAUUGAGUGUAAGGCUAAGUGUAUAGGAUAUAUGUUAUUGAGUAAGUUAUGAUUGAAGUCACAAUAAUUUUACUAAAUUUGAUAGUUAAUCUUUAAUGGUUCAAUUUUUAGGAUAAUUCGAACAAUUUUACAAAUAACUCGUUUGGCAACAGUUUAUUGAAGUUAUUUGGGCAAUGAGUUAUUUCGAAAUAACUCCUUUUAUCACUCUGCUUUUGUUAAAUACCACAGGCCAAAUACCAGAUUUGCAUGGUUAUACUAAACGAGAUACUUUAAUCCAAUUACUACUGAAAUAAUACUAAAAUAUCAAAUAAACAAAUAAUGGUAUCUUUUGGUUGCAAAUAUUGAUAUCACCAUAAGUAUAUAUAUGCGAGGUAGAAAUAAACUGGUUAAAAAGUUGAGAAAAAUAUUUUAAAUUAGUGUAGUAAAAUGUGUAAGUUGGUAACGAGUAAUGAUUAAGUUACUCGAUGCGCUGGCCCAAACAACCCGAAACCCGAUCCGCCCGACCCAAAACCCGUUGGACCCGCAACGCGAUUUGCCCGCAACCCGAUUGAACCCAAACCCGAUGAACCCGCAACCCGACUAACCCGCAACACAUUUGAACCUGAACUCGAUAAACCCGCAACCCGACUAACCCACAACCCGACUGAACCCGAACCCGACUGAACCUAGCCCAAACCCGCCCGAUUGACACCUAUAAUUUUGAUAGAGAACUUCCUGCACAACUUGGUUGUGUAUCGUUGUGUGGAAAUAUUUUCUGGUAAAACCAAAUUCUACAGUUUUUAGUUAACCAAACUGUAUUAUUUUUUUCAGUUGUUCGUUUUAGGAUAAGCAACGCCGAAGUAAUCAAUAUUCACUGAUCCCUAAAUAGACCUUCACCUAUUGAUGAACUUUACCACAAGUUACUAAAUUUCUCUGUUAAACCUUACUAGAAUUUACUCGAAUCAUGCUGGAAUUGGUUGUAAUUUAAGGAUGUUGAACGUCAUACCUAGACCCAGUGGCGGAUCCAGGGGGUGGCCACCCCGGGCCCCGGCCCAGCCCUCCUCUGGAUCCAUAGUUAGUAUAGACCUUAUGAAUUUUUCGAUUUUAGAUAUUCGGGUUGUUGUUAUUUUAAAAUAAGAUUGGUAAUAAUUAGAAAAAUAAUUCAUAUGAACAUAUUCAAAAUCACUACUCUAAAUUUAGCUUAUAAAUUCUAACUCCAAAGGUUAUUCGUCUAAAAAAACAAUGAAACCUAAAAAUUCAAAAAGUUUAAAACGUAAAAGACUAAAACAUAUAUGAGGUUUGUUACCUUGGAAAAUUUACUAGAGCAGCUGGUGGAUAUAGGGAUGGAAACACAAUGCAAAUUGAUUAGUAGAUUGAUUUGUCUAGUGUUGAUGCUGCUCGUUUCAACAACUAAUACGAAUAGAACCCUUUCAACAACGAAACAUGUGAAAAUUUGCGCAACAAAAUGAGCUAUGGAUUUCUAGUCGAUUGCUCAAGUAUUUUAUUUAGUGUAUACUAUUGGUAUGGAUGUGGACUCCAUUAUUGAUGCAUUCGCUAAAUUAAAAUACCGUCGUGUACAAUUUACAUUGUAAAAAUAUUAUAAUCAUUAUCUUUUUUUUACUUUUCUAAUUUUCUAAUAAAAUGCGGCCCAGUGCACUUCUGUGUUCUGGAUCCGUCGCUGCCUAGACCAGAACGUAUUGGUUCAUUAAUAAUUGUUAGAUUUGCUCUCUUGGAGUUUAGAAAUCAUGGAAUGUAUUUUAGUUUUAGUGUUAGUUCUGUAUCAUCUUGGUUUAUUUUUACUUUGACAGGUAUUGUUUAUUGUGUUUGAAAUUUCGGUUAACCAAACCAGAAACUGAUGUCUUUCAUUCUAAAACCAAUCCCACCCCUCGAACUAAUGCAUUGCGUGCUUAACUCUAGUUCUAAACCUUGAAAAGAAGGCUUUAGUUCUAUGUUAUGUUGUUCUUCACUCAUGCUUUUGGCAUUUCGAAUGCCAUGAAUUGCAGACUGGGGAAAGAUUUGCCUUCAGACAGAAACGCAUGCAUCUAUAGAUGUGCGGUCCAAACAACCCGAAAGAAAGAUUUGCCUUCAGACCAAACACCAGGAGAUUGUUUCUCAGUUAACUCGGGUCCAUUUUUUGCACCUGGAUCGAAGCCAUGGGAAGGCCCCUUCCUGUGCACUAACUGUCGGAAGAAGAAAGAUGCAAUGGAAGGGAAACGGCCAAGCAGACACACAGUGACUGUGUAAGCAAGCAAAUCAAUCAAUGUCUGGUAACAAGAGUACAUAAGCACCAAUGUUAUUUCUUUUGUUUUUUGUCCGAGACGGGAGCAUGCUUGAUUUCAUUUUGUUGCGAGCUUCUCGCACUGAUUUGUAAUCCAAUGUGUAAGAAAUGAGUAGGGUUUUAGAUUGAAAUAGGUACUUUGAUCAUCUUCCUUCGUCCCCCGCCCCCCAGUUGUCUGUGUUGUUGUUGAUGAUGCUGGUUUGUGCCUCGCCCUUUGUAACAGAGGACUAAGUUUGCAUUUGGAUAGCUUAGAGAUGUGGGUUUAACUUUUCUCAUAAUUGAUUGAUUGAAUUGCUAACAGCUUGAUGAAGAAUUUGUAAGUAACGAAUUUUACUUAUGGAAUUGCUUUUGCUGAUAUACUUAAAAAACCAUUGCUGGCAGGCAAAUAGCUUCCUCGUUGAAUUAAAUUGGGAAGUGAUAAGCCAAUGUCAAAUGUCAACCUUUCUUGAUUCAUUACCGAGUCAUUUUAGUGUGCUUUAUAGUAUUGGUACUAUAAAACAUUUACAGCCAUUAGAUCAUGUUCAAACUAUAUCAACCAUUAGAUUUUAUUUAAAUUAUUAAUUUAUUAUUUUAUUUGUGUGUGAUAACCGGUACAACCAGUUGUCUGAAACCAAUUGAGACAAACACUAUCUUCCUUCGAAACCAUUCUUCUCACCGCCGAAACCCUUCUUCCUUCGAUCCUCUUCCUUCCUUCGAUCAGGAGGUGGCCGACGCUGGAGAGCAAGAUCACGAAGGAGAGAAGCAGCGGUCGAGGGAAUUUGCGUCUCGCUAGCAGGAUCUCCGAGGCGAAUCCGGCGAGGACUCAUCCGAGGAAAUUCCAUAUGCUUACGAGCGAGAUGAAUGUCGAAAUUGUGCGCUUCUGGUAGCCUAGAGAUGCGGCGAUCUGACCUAGAUUGUCGAUUGCCGCCAGCGCGCCUCCGACGCCGCAAGUCGUCGAGAUUAAGAUGAUCACCAUGUCGAUGCUGAAAACCGCUUGUAAGAUGCUGCAGUCCUCUCCCCUUUCUGGUUGAUUGAAUAUCUGUGUGAACCUGGUCAAUAGUGUUAGCUUCAAUUUUGGGGGAUUUGGACUAAUUGCUUGCAGAAUUGUAUUUUCAGCCACGAUGUUGAGUUCUGUUUGGCUAUUCAUUGCUUGUUUCUUGCUCUUCCAUAGCUUGAAUUCUUCUCUGACUACAAUGGCCAAUGGUAGAAGCAAUCCCAAGGUAACAACUGAAGCUGUUGUGAUGUACUCAGCUCUUCUGAAACUGAACUUGUUCUGAAUGAUGAUGAUAACCAUGAUGAAACCAGCAAUCCAAAGUGCAAUGGAGAAUCCCAAGAAUCUGGAAGAAGGGCUUGCCCACAGGGAAUCACUUGGAAGCGCAGAAAAGCAGAAUGAAGUUUCUGAACACCCGGAAGCUGAAGAAAAAGAAGAGCAGCAGCCUGAAAAGCAGAAGAGCAAGAGGGUUGCAACUUUGGAUGUCUUCAGAGGGCUAACAGUAGUGUUGAUGAUUCUGGUGGAUGAUGCCGGAGAAUCAUACCCUCAGAUUAAUCAUUCACCAUGGAAUGGCUGUAGAUUGGCAGACUUUGUGAUGCCCUUUUUCCUCUUCAUUGUUGGCAUGGCAAUAGCUCUGGCACUAAAGAGAGUACCUAAGAAGAGGGAUGCCGUAAGGAGGAUACUCACAAGGUCAUUGAAGCUUCUCUUUUGGGGAGUUCUGUUGCAAGGAGGAUAUUCACACGCUCCAAGUGACCUCGCUUAUGGAGUAGACAUGAAGCUGAUCAGAUGGUGUGGCAUUCUCCAGAGAAUUGCAUUGGUAUACAUGAUUGUGGCUCUGAUAGAAACGUUCACCAUCAAGCACAGACAAAAGAUCUUGAAUCCUGGGCAUUUCUCAAUCUUCACCGCAUACAGAUGGCAAUGGCUUGGAGGGUUCGUUUCUUUCCUCGUUUACUUGAUCACGACAUUUGCACUCUAUGUUCCGGACUGGAGUUUUGUGAACCACGACGAAAAGAAGAGAUAUAUGGUGAACUGUGGAAUGAGGGGUCACCUAGGACCAGCCUGCAAUGCUGUUGGCCAUGUGGAUCGAGCAGUCUGGGGUGUUAACCAUCUCUACGGUGGUCCCGAAUGGCGUUGGCUCAAGGCUUGCACUGUCAGCGCUCCGAGGUCAGGUGAUCUCCGCGAUGAUGCUCCUGCUUGGUGAUGGAAGUAACUGACUGGUUGCUCCUAUCUUUUUUUGCUCAGUUCCAUUUCUGCCAUCCUGUCUGGCACUAUUGGCAUUCAUUAUGUAAGCACUAGUAUGGGCUACAUGCAGCUAAACUUAAGCAUUAAUUAGACAGAUUUAAUCGUGUUAUGGAUGCUUGUUUUAUUAGACAAAUGUAAUGCUUUGACUGCGUUUUACUUUUUGUUAACAGGGUAUCUCAUCUGAUAUGAUGUACAGUUACUAGAGAACAUUGUGAAUGGAUCUAUGUAAUGCUCGUGUCAAGGUUUAGAGAACAUUAUGAAUCAUCUUUUUCAUAAGUUUGAAGUUCUGGAAAAAAGUCCAUUCUGUUUGAAACACCAUUAUAAUAAGUACACGGGAUAGUUCAACAGAUGAAGUUCUCCUACUGGAAAUCUGACACCUUAUACUGGUAAUCUCACGACCGUAAAAUACUCAAGUGAGAUGUAAAAAGCAGUGCUUCAUUCCUCAGGCAAAUAUCACGGCCGUGCGAUGUCCCGUGAGAUGCAAAGAGCAGUUCUCACUAUCCCAGGAAAUUUCACGGCUACUACUUGACAUUGUCACGCCCGUCAAAAUCUCACAUUCUAGAGUUGUACCUUUACACUAAACUUAAAGUUGUACC